AUGUCAUCUGCUGCAUUUAGUGAAACAUUACAAUUUGUGACGAAUGUGAAACUUCAAGAACUGGAAAAACGUCGUCAAGCAUUUAGUCAACAUGCGUCAAGAGUGCUGAUUGAUGCACAAAAACAUGACAACGAUCUUAUAGAGAAGGUCACGACUCUCGUCCAAGGUAUUACAUCAUGGUCUGGAUUUCGAAUUUCUAAUGGAAAUCUCAAUCUUGAUAAUAUUCAACGUUGGUUGCAUCAAGCUACACUAGAUCCAGGAUUUCCUCGAUCACUGCUGGAAAGUUGGGCACAGAAAUUGACGGAUCGAAUCAAUCAGGAGAAUACUCAAUAUGAUUAUGCGAAACUUUUCGGCAAUCUUCUCACCGAUUGGCUUACAGUUUCGUCUCAGAGUAUUGGAACAACAAAUACGCAAGCAGAUCAAAACAUGGCGACUGGGAAUCAAGAUGAUUCUGAGAAACUUAAUUCAACUGAUACUAUGGAACAAAAGAAACAGCUCGAGUCGAUUAUCUUUCGCGAGAGAGAAAUCGACGUUCAUGGACUGGAAGCAUAUCUAGAAGAUCUUUUUCGUGAUAAAGACGCACAAGAAGCAUUGGCAGCGUUGCGAGUACGACUUGCAACUUUUGGAGAUACUCUUCGACGCACUACAAUUAACGAAUAUGAUAUGGAAUGGUGUAUCAAAUAA